AUGGCAAUUAUUCAAUUUUAUAUAUCUAUCUUAAUUAUUUAUUUGACCUUAUAUUUGUUUUUAGAUUGUAUAGCAACUGAAUUAUUAUUUAAUAAUAAAAUUCAAUUAUCAUUAUCUCUAGAAGAACAUAGAUAUUAUAUCUCAAUCUUUAUUUUUACUUUAAAAAAAGUGGAAUAAAGUGAUUUUAAAUUAUCUUUAUAAAAUUCCAUAGACAUAUCUAAAAAAAAAUAUCGCAUACUUUCAAAGGAAGAGAAAUAAGCUGCUAUAAAUCAAAUGUCAAACAAUUGUACUUCUUAAACAUUAGAAAUGGUUGCACAGAAUUUCUAGACAUCAGUGAAGAAUUUAAGAAGGUGGUAUCGAGAAGGGGUAUCUAGAAAACCAGGAUGUGGAAGAAAAAAAUUAAAUGAAACUGCAGAAAAAGAACUGGCUUUAUGGAUAAUAAAUGAAUCAAUUAAUUAAGGUAAAAGAAUUAGAAGGAAUGUAUUAAAGGAGAAGGCAAUUGAAUUAUUUAAAGAUUCUUAAUUUAAGGCAUCAAAAGCUUGGUAGGAUGAGUUCAUAAAAACUCAUGAUAUUAAAUUUCUAGUUAAUAAAGAAUUACAUAAUAGAGGAAUGCUUAAUAAUUAAUAAGCAUAGAAAUUAGAGGAAUAGUUCAAUAUAAGGGAAUAAGGAGGAUAAUUUAUUAAAAAACAAAAAUAAUAAUAAGAAGACAUACCUACUGAAUGUAAAUUUGAGGAGAAAAGAGUUAAAAUAAUAACUAGUCCCUUUGAUUAAAAGGAAGAAGAAGGAAUUUUUAAUUUGAUUAGAGAUGAAGAAGUAGAAAAUGUAGUAGAUUAUUUAGAUGAAUGGGAGAUUAAUUAUGGCUAUAUGAAUUUAAAGUAUGAAGAAGAAGAUUUAAGGAUUGAGAUUUAAGAUGAAUCUGAGGUGUAUUUCCCAAAACUAAAGAGAGUAAUUGAUUAAUUUAUACCAAUAUAUAAAUAUAUUAUAUAAUUAUAAGAAUGAUUAGAAAAGGAAAGAAAUUAGUUAAAAUUUGGAAAAAUAGAAAGAAAUUCAGAUUUUUUUUUAUUAAUUUUUAACUCAAUACAAAAAUACUUAUAAUAUUGAUAAUAAAAAUGAAUGCUGUUUCUAUUUUAAUUGAUGAAUUGAAUGAUUAAUUACUAGCAGAUUAAUUUAUAUAUAUAGAUUUGAUAGGAGGAGGAGCUUAAGGCAAAGUUGUUAUGGCUUAGAGCAAGGGGUUAAAUUAAACUGUUGCAAUCAAAGUAAAUAAGUUAGUUUAAAUGGUUAGAUUAUUGAAAGGAAUAAGAAUAAAGCAUAAGAUUAGGAAGCAUCUCUUUUGGAGAAGUGUAAUCAUCAUAAUAUUGUACAUUUUCAUAAAGUUGUAUUUUUAUAAAAUUUUAGUUGCUCUAUACUCAUAAUCAUUUGUAUAUAAUAAUGGAAUACUUACAAGGGAUAACCCUAUAAGAAGUAAUGUAAAAGCAACUUUUAGAAAACAAAGUGAGAAAUCUUAUUAAACAAAUUUUAGAAGGCUUGAGUUAUUUACAUAAUCAAGGGAUUAUUCAUCGUGAUUUGAAGCCAUGUAAGAAAAAUUUAGGAUUUAAGCAAACAUAUAUUUGGUUCGAGAAAACAAUAAAUCCAUUGUUAAACUGAUUGACCUUGGACUUAGCUAUUAAAUAAGUUCGCACAAAAUAGCUAAUAAGUAAUGCGGUACAUUACUAU